AAAGUGACUGGGUCAAAGCAACGCAGAGGAACUAUGCGAGGACUGGUAUAGGAUACAAAGUAGAAUAAUGGAUUUUGAUGAACGGGUCCCUGUUGGGUCUAAUAUGUAUUUACCCAGCUGCACGUAUUAUGUCUCCGGGACUGACUUCUCAAGCCUCCCUCCUUUUUUAUCACAGAGCCAAUCUUCUUGUCCCAUGACAUAUUCCUACCCAUCCUCAUCUCUGCCACAGGUUCCGUCCGUAAGAGAAGUAGCCUUCAGGGACUAUGGCAUUGAUACCUCCAGUAAAUGGCACCACAGAGGAAGCUUAUCACACUGUUACCCGUCUGAGGACAUUGUGCACAGGGACUGUUUUACCAGCCCGACUUCUUUAGGGGAAAUAUUCGCGAAAAAUACCUCCAGUGUUGUCUACCACCACUCGAACUCAAAUCCAACGACAAGUCUCUCCGGUAGCGUUGGUAGAAAUGGAGUGCUACCACAAGCAUUCGAUCAGUUUUUCGAUUCUGCCUACGCAGAAAAGACAUCAAACGAGCAUUCUGCAGCCAAACAACCUCCAGUUCCUUCAUGCGGCUCCGACGCGUGCCCGGAUACAGAGGAGAGAACGCGGCGCGAGCAGAGCUGUAGCCCCUCGUCGUCUUCCUGCAACAAUGAGGACAGAUGUAGUAGUAAUGGUCAGAAGGGACGCAAGAAGAGAUGCCCUUACACAAAAUACCAAAUAAGAGAACUCGAGAGGGAGUUUUUUUUCAGUGUUUACAUUAACAAAGAGAAACGUCUUCAGCUCUCUAGGAUGCUCAAUCUCACUGAUCGGCAAGUGAAAAUAUGGUUUCAAAACCGGAGAAUGAAAGAGAAGAAACUUAAUAGAGACCGUUUACAGUAUUACACCACGAACCCUUUGCUAUGACAGUAAUGUGUGCAUAUUUUAUUUCAACUUCUUGCAGCAAUUAUAAUUAAUUAAUCAAUACUGUUAGGUCUUGUCGUAUGUUUGUAGUAUUUAUUAUUAGGCCAGUUUGUCCACAGCAGUAUAACCUUGCAGACUUUAUUAUUAUAUUAUUAUAUGUGUAUCUUUAUCAUGGUAUAUUUGUAAUCAUUAGUAUAAAUAUGUAUUCAUUUAGUUGCCAUUUUUUGUUAUUUUUAUGACUGAACCAAAAUAUACAUGGUGGAUGCGUGCGUAAAGUGCGCGUAAAGCGAGAGUAUUUUAAUAAGGGUUAAGAUUCCAAUCUUAAGUGUC